AUGCUAAGACGUUCAAUCGCUCAACAACGUAGAUUAUUUUCCUCAACUUUAUCUAAAUUAGGUACUAAGGUAUUUUUUGAACCAUCUGUAAAUGGUAAGAGUAUGGGUAGAAUUGAGUUUGAAUUGUAUGAUGAAGUUGUUCCUAAGACUGCUGAGAAUUUCAGAGCCCUUUGUACUGGUGAAAAGGGGUUUGGCUAUAAAAAUGUUCCCUUCCAUAGAAUUAUCCCACAAUUUAUGAUUCAAGGUGGUGACACUGAUCUAACUAACGGAUUUGGUGGUAAAUCUAUAUAUGGAGCCAGAUUUCCAGAUGAAAAUUUCGUAAAGAAGCAUGACCGUCCAGGUUUAUUAUCUAUGGCCAAUGCCGGUCCAAACACUAACGGCUCUCAAUUUUUUAUCACAACAGUAGAAUGUCCAUGGUUAGAUGGUAAGCACGUUGUGUUUGGUGAAGUGACUAAAGGUAUGAAUAUUGUUAAGAAGAUUGAAUCUUACGGUAGUCAAUCUGGAAUGCCAAAGGAGAAAAUUAUUAUUGAAGACGCUGGUGAAUUAUAA